GCUCAUCCAAUGUCCAACUUGGAACCGGGAAUUUGUUCACGGACGCAUCAAUUUGAUCAAGCACAUGAAGCACAGUCCUUUCAGUCCGUCCGUCAAUUUCGAGCCGUUUCUUCAUUUCUUCAUCUCGCCUGAGACGCAAUAUCAAAUCAGAUACACACGUCUACGAGAUUAAUUCUGUUUACAGCAGCCAACAACAACCCUAACGAGUCAGCAGAGGCAUGCGAGGAUUGCCGACGCGGAAUGCAAGCCAAGCUCCUGGGCAGCAAAUGUGCAAAGAAAUAAGCUGACGACUGACUUGCUGUUCAAACGUUCAGAGUUCAACGCUGAUGUCAACCUGUCUCGCUUGUUCCGGCCAUGCGGCACGCACCAACGAGUACCUAUCCGUGUGUGCCGUGCCAUACGGUACAAUUCGUCGGCCACGGUGAUCUGCCAACCCCGCGUUGAUCACUCCCACGUCUCUCCCUGUCAGCCAACUUCAGACGAUUCAGAUCCUUCAACGCCAACCGUGUCGUGUCGUCUCGUCCAGCUCGUACCAUCAUCGUUGCUCUCGUUCGGCUUCAAUCUAUCGCUGCCGGUAAUACACACUCAAGAGUCACCAAUAUGGUCAAAGUCCUCAUCAUCAUGGCCGACUACGGCCAUGAUCCCACAGAGGUUGCUAUCCCCUACCAGGCCUUCAAAGAUGCAGGAUUCGACGUAAACUUUGCGACCGAAACGGGCUCAACGCCCCGCUGCGAUGCUCGCAUGCUCGAGGGCCUUUCCCAGAAGUUUCUUGGCGCCGCGGCCUCCACGAUAAAGCUUUACGGUACGAUGGUCAAAUCUGCCGAAAUGCAGAACCCCCUGUCCUGGACAUCGGUGGGCUUUACGCUCGAUGACUUUGACAUUGUGCAUAUUCCCGGCGGUCACGACAAGGAAGUCAGGCAGCUCAUGGACUCGACCACCGCGCAGAAGCUGCUGGCCGAUUACUUUCCCCAGACCAAGAAGCCGGGCAAAAAGAUUGUCUCGGCUAUCUGCCACGGUCCGCUGGUGCUUUGCAACACUAAGGGCCAGGACGGCAACAGUGUUCUGUAUCACUGCACGACGACGGCCCUCCCCGGAUGCUUCGAGUCGCUGGCGUAUCAUGGAACCAGGCUAUUUCUGGGCGACUACUACAAGACGUACGGUGCGGGCACAGAGAAUGUCGAGGAUUCGAUGCGCAAAGUGGUGAAAGAUCCCAGUCAGUUCAAGAGCAGCUGGAUGCCCAACCGACCCUUCGUCGUGGAAGACACAGAGUACAAUUACAUCAGCGCGCGCUUUCCUCCCGAUGCGGCAAAACUAGCCGAAAUGACUGUCAACCUUGCCCAUCUCAUCCACGUCCAAGGCUUCAAGGGUCAAGACCCGACUACGGCAUAACAUGCCGAAUAGGCACUAAACUUUUAAGCUUGUUGUCUACGUGGCAUCAUUCUCGCAUCCAUCGUCAUCAUCAACGAUAGAAACGUGCAUUGCAGUUGCAGCCGGAGGCCGGAGGUUGAGACUCGUUUGACUGUUUCGCUUGUGAAUCGGCUUGCGUAUCCUAGGUAUCUUGAUGCGACGGGC